AAUGGAGGAAAGAUCUUCAAACUAUAUUUUACAAGGCAGUCUUUCGUUUUCCAGUUUAGCAAUCCUGUAUCGAUCACCAGAUUUUCAGUUGAUGUCGUAACCAUAGAAACCAGACAUGCGCCGUGUCCGAAGAUUUACCGACAUAAGUCCGGUAACUCCGACCACGAAAACCAAAGAGAGAGUAGAUAACAAGAAAAAACUUCAUAAACAAUCUAAAAAGUCAAAGAAAGGUUUUACAAUGAGUAAUCCGCGUGGCCCAAAGCCACAGCAACAUCAAGACGGACCAAGAACGGAGUUAGACUACGAAAUCGAACGACUAAAAGCAGAAAUACAACAAGAACGACAAAUGAAGGAGAUGCUAGAACAGUCUUCUGUUGAAUUGGAGAAUACCAUCAGCGAUCUGGAAGAGAAAAACGAAAAUGUAGAAGGCGAAGAUAACGAAUGGAAGACACGAUUUGAAACCCAGCAAGAAAUGAACAACCAGCUUGAGAAACAAGUUGUGCUAUUAAGGGACAAACUUGGCCAGCUAAAGAUUCCAUCUCGAGAUGGAAAACCAAGUAAUCAUCUCAAAACAUAUAAUGGUCUAUCAGAUGCAGAAAUAAGAAAACUAAUGAAACAACUGGAGAGAGACAAAACUGAGUUGCAAGGUCAGCUACGAGACCUGGAAUGGCGUCUAGACAACGAAUCUAAGGCUUACCACAAGAUUAAUGAAGAGAGAAAGAAGUACCUAACUGAACUUGAUGAGACUGCUGCAUUCAUUGAUGACACUAAAACGAAAACAAGACAAGCACUUCAUGAAGCUCAGAGAGAGAAUGAAGCUCAGUUGAACAAUGCAAAAUUGAGACAUCCUAAUCACUUUGGCCUGCCAGACAAUCAAAGGAUAAUUGAUCCAAAGAGAGGCCCUGUGAAGAAGGUAGCAGCUGUACGGAAGCUUCCAAAGUUGGACAGCUCAGGAUCAGGAGGAAGCAAAUCACCUGGCAAUAGUCCCAGGAAUAGGUAGCAUGUGUGAAUAGAAUUUGAAAUAAUUUUAUAGGAUGGCCAAACUUAAUAAACAAUAUCUUCAGUUAAGGUCAGAA